UUUUUUGCGAUUUGCGUCUGGACAAACUUUGGAGGAAAUCUAACGGCAAUUAAAGGUGUCUGGCGUCAAGUUGUGACGGGGUUAAAUAAUCCGCCGGCUGGUGAUUGGACAACUUUACCCAUACACACAUGUAUAUAUAACACACACAUACACACACACACACACACACACGCUGACGCUGUGUGCGAACGCGGGGAAACCUAUCGCAAAGCCGGUCCAUGCCGCCCAAUGAUACGAUCGAUGCAAUGGAUAAAAACACGCAACAUCGACAUUAGAGUCACGUGACUGCUGUACAAACCCGGCCACCCGCUGCCGAGACGAGAAAUCCCGAGUGAACGCACUCGUGCGGUCGUCAUUGUUGACAAAUGAAUACCUUGGCCAGUGUCAAGUCGCACCUGACUAACUGGGUCGAGAGAACGGGUGGAAAGACCUGUCGUUGUUUGUCUUUCUAGGUACGUGCCGGAGUUGCUUUACCUUCCCAGUUUUUCACUCGCAGAACCUAUAUGUACGUUUAGAGACGGUCAAUAAUUUCCUUACUAGAUCUUUGACAGUGUUCACGGAGAUGACAGGUAAAGCAACGUUACGUGAACAAAGUAAGUGCGUAUUGACUUUGUGAACGGCCGUUGUUUCGCUGUGAACGUCUCUCAUUAAAAACAUUUCUUUUUCUUUGGAUUACUAAGUGUUUGACGCGAAGUACUACACCGGCGCUGUGACCAGAAGGAGUGUGGUGUUGGGUGGGUGUGUAUACAUAUAUGGGGUACUUCGAGACCAACCAGUCUAGUCAUGCGCUUGUACCUGAAGAAAGUCGUGCAGUGGCUUCUGGGGGUAUCAAUCUUCGUCGUCGUUUUGCUCAAUCUUUACAAGCGAGACGUCUGGGUGUACGACAACGAUCGCCGCCCAUGGGGACCGAACUUCGAGAUCAAGGAAGGCGGAAGGAAGAAGAUGUUGUUUGACGGUCCGCGGAUUCACGACCACGCCUCGAGGGGGGUCCGGAACAUGACCACGGGGGUGAAGCAGACGAUCAGGGACUCUGUGUUUAAUUCGUCGGUGGAUGAGGAUUUACUUGUCUACUACGACAAACAUUUCGACGACGAAGACCGGAUCCUGAACCAGUUGAAGUUUGUACCCAAGACGGUGAAGGAGGCCAUACGUAAAGGGAAGGAUCCGCCGAUGAAGACCAUCUUGAUUCACCACGGGUUCGGAGGGUGGAACAUAAAACGAGGACAGCAGACGUUCAUAGAUCAGAAGUGCGCCGUCAACCGGUGUUUUCUCACAGACGACAGGGGGACGGGGUCGACAGCGGACGCGGUGUUCUUCAGCGGACAGCCGGGGCGUCCGUGGACCGACCGUCCGCAGAACCAGAUCUGGGUGCUCUUCAUGCUGGAGUCGCCCUACCACACGUCCGGCCUGUCCGGCUACAAAAACGUCUUCAACUGGACGGCCACGUACAGACACGAUUCCACGAUCGUCGCGCCCUAUGAAAAAUUCGUGCCCUAUAACUCGUCGGUUUUGACUAAACCCCAAAAUAAAAAUUAUGCAAAAGGGAAGACGAAGAAAGUAGCCUGGUUCGUAUCCAACUGCGGGGCGAGGAACGGCCGGAGACGUGUGGCGGACGAGCUGGCCCAUCACAUACAGGUGGACAUCUAUGGGGCCUGCGGCAAGUUCAAAUGUCCGCGAUUCCAGUCGAACAAGUGUUUCGACAUGCUCAACAGGGAAUAUAAGUUUUACUUGUCGUUUGAAAACUCCAACUGUCGAGAUUACAUCACGGAAAAGUUUUUCGUAAAUGGAUUACAACACGACGUGAUCCCGAUCGUGAUGGGGGCGGCGCCCGAGGACUACAGGCGAUCUUCUCCGCCCCAUUCUUACAUCCACGUGGACGACUUCCCCUCCAUCAAGGACCUGGCCGACUACCUUACCAAACUCGACCAGAACGACGACCUCUAUAAUGAGUACUUCCGGUGGAAGGGAACCGGAUCGCUCAUCAACACGUUCUUCUGGUGCCGAAUGUGUAAUCUCCUCCACGACAAGCAUGCACCAACCUUUGUCUCGGACAUCGAGGCCUGGUGGCGCGGUGAAGGCGUGUGUAUAGGACAAGACAGUUGGAGAGACAAGAAGUAUGCGAGGCCUAAACUCUGAUUUUUUCUUCACAGAAAUUAGUGGAUUUAAAAAAAAAAAAAGUUUUAUUUUUUAACCAAAUGGCGUUCUUGUUAAAGAAGACUUGAAGAAACUGUCCCGAGUGUGUUGACAUUGUGAAGAUGUUGCUGACAAACAGACUUCUUAACGACUAUAAUUAUACACUUAAUAUAUAGUUUAAAAAACACACACCAGUGGCUGUAUAUUAAAAGUGUUUCUGAUCGUCCUACUGUUUGUACUAGGUCAAACUUUCAUUUUACAUCCUAAUAUAUGUAUUUUUUUCGGUGUUUUUGGUUGUUUUGGUACGUAUGAAACUAUUCACUGAAUAAUUGGCAGACCAAAUCGAGUUAAAAACAUUAUGUCGAUUAGAAACACAUUGAAUAUACAGACACUGCUAUUCUAAACAAGAAUCUGUAUUUAGUAUGUAAAUUUAGUUGUUAAUUUUUUUUAUUAGUCUGAAACAUUUUACAAUGCUAGCAAACUCAGAACAGUGUCUUUAAAUGUUAACGUUGGUUAUGCAAAUAUUCGGUUAUUGUUCGUUGUAUUUUUUUUUUAUCUCAAUGGUGAUUCACUGUACAUCUGUGCAAUACGUUUGUAUACCCGCAGUCAUGACUAUCGAUUCCUCAGUAUUAUUCGUUAGUUUUGAAAUUGGUUUGUACUGAAACGUUAACUCUCAACUACCGAUAGUUUAUUCAUAGCAGUUAAUUAUGUAACACCGAUAUUAUAUAGAGUCAGUUACGGUAGACGACCUUCGAUGUGGUACCUGUAAUACAACCCGCACAGAGGAGAACUAUACGGUAUAACACCGGUAUCAGUUAUUUCGAUGUUAACAAGAAUUCAGCGAGAACAAACCAAUUCAACACUAACAACUCACCUCGACAGCCUAGAUGACUGACGUUUAUACAAAGAAUUUACAGUCAAAACAAAACAAGAUGUACACUAAGAAACUUAUCGUGAGAAAAAUGCAAAUAAUUAUCAUUUAACCAUUUACUAGCGGUAUGUAAUGGUGACAGAUUUGGUGUAAUGUACAGAUAGCAUCUGUGUGUGCGCGUGUGCGUGUGCGUGAAUGUAUGUGUAUAUGUGUCUGUAUCAAUGAGAGAACACACACAUUCUCCUAUGUUGCUGGAUGUAUAGAAAUAAUGACAGUAUGAUAACGAUUAAUUUAACCAGAGCAAUCCAAUAUAUGUUAAAUGGGCUGUAUAAUGAUCGCUUUAGAAAAGUGCACCGAAUAGCAUAGAACAAGCCAUUGUGUAAUAGUGUGUACCGAUACCUUUAUGUGUUUCUUUCUUACAUUAAUACAUUUGUCUGUGAAGACAUAACACGCGUGUGUGAUGUAUUUAAAAAAUAAUAUAUCUGUUAUAUUUUAUAUUUUUAUGAUCAGAAUAUUUCCAAGUAUUAUUUUUGUACUCUUGAAAAAUAUUUCCCGAUCAUUUCGAAAUCCACAUUUGUGAUACAACUUUGGAUGAUUAUUAUAAUUUAGUUUUUCAUUAAUUCUCACUUUAUACUGGGGUGCUUUUUUAAAAUUAAAAACAAAGAAACAAACUUUAUUUUUAAUUUUGCAUAAAUAAGCAUAUAUCUGUAUUUCAAAUAGGAAAUCACUAUAUGAAAUGACAGUAAUCUUAUGGUGUGUUUCUUUUUUUGCAAUCAUUGUUUCACCCAAGUUUGCUCAACUUUGAUUACGCCUUUCGAGAACUCAAAACAUUCCCUGUAAGGGUUAUUCCAGAAAUAAUGACAUGGGGAGAAGUAUAAUUUGUUUUAAUUAGUCUUCUAACCACACAAUAAUAUACAACCAGUUAUUAUAUGAUAUCUGCAAUUCGCAAUUAUAUCUUAGCAGGAUAAAGCCGAUAUUUUAAGACAGUAGCCACUUAUUUUAUUUAUUCUGCAAUCCAACAAGAAUGGUGUGAACAUCGUGUUUUGCAGUAUGAUGUCAUACAUUGUUUUUUUGUAAGACGCAAGCUACAUUUUGUCACUUUCAAAAUGCGUUUGUUCUUAAUUCAUAAAUAAGUAUAAUUCAUAAAUAAGUAUAUACAUUUUGUACCGUUUUUGUCAUACAAAACGUUAUUUGUAUAUACUGUACUGAAAGGAAUAAUUUAUACCGUAUGUUGUUGAAAAUCUAGUAUGGAAUAAAUGAAUCGAGUAGGGCUUAUGUCACAUCACCUAUAUUUCUGGUCAGUGAAUAAAAAUAGAGAAAUCGAUUUAGUUAUCAUACCUUGUAAAACUAUAUAAUGAUUGCAUAUAGUCAGAAUCACUAGACAUUAAAAGAUAAAUAGCACACAAAUUAAUACUGAAAUUCAACACCGUCACAGCUCAAACCCUCAUCACUACGACACUCCCUCUGUGGUGAUUUCUGGAAUAACUAAAUUGUAAAAAGUGACCAACCGAUAUUGGAGAAAUAAUAACUAGGUCACAGUUUAAUUCCUUAGCAUAAACCAAAGUUUUGUGAAAAAAGGGUAUAUUGUCAACAAUUGGAUCAUUAUAAAGAAACUGGGUUGAAGAUAUAUGUAUGUAUAAUUAUGUAUAUAAAUGAAUGUGUUUUAUACUAAACAUUUAUCCUGCAAUCACUAUAUAUAUAUAUAUAUAUAUAUAUAUAGUAUAUAUAAAUUGGCAAAAUAUGAUGACUAGAUAGAUUUCUAUAUUUAUGCUUACGGAUUAAACAUAUAGCUUUUUGUGACGAAACUACUUACACCGUAGUUAUGACUGACAAAAACAUGUUGACAUUUGGUCCUACAAUGUAAACAAACGAUGUGGUGUUAAACAUAUAAUAAUAAUAAUAAUAAUAAUAAUAAAUAACUUUGAUUAGUAACAUUAAAAAAAUAAAUAAAAAUAAAUGCUUAUUUAAGCACUAUUUUGUUUUAAUAUAUCGAUAUUGUAGGCGGCAAGGCUAUUAAUACUCGUAGACCAAGUACUAUAAAACGGUUAAUUUUAUUUAUAUUCCUUAUUAUUGUAGGAUUGCAGGAUAAAUAAAAUAGCUUGGUAGUGUCUUAAGAUAUCGGCUUUAUCCUGCUCAGGUCAAAAGGCGAAUGCCGUUCUGCACAGUCUCGCGGCAUUCGCCAAUCUAAUAGUAAUAGGAUAAAGCCGAUAUUUUAAGACAAUAACCGCUUAUUGAAUAACUAUAUCUCUCUGUCUAGAGACUGUUCAUAAUUGUCAACAUUUUAACGAGGGUAGAAGCCGUACGCAGAUGAUGGAGAGGGUAAUAUCCGUGAACGCUUUGAAGACAAAAAUGUUUAAACAUUAUUCCCUGCAAAUUUAACAUUUGUAUGUACGCUGUUGGGGGUGGGUUGGGGAUGGCGGAGAAUUACCAUAACUAGUACGGCUUGCACACUUGUGAAUGCGUUUUACGGCUUGCACACUUGUGAAUGUGUUUUAAUUGUGAACGGGCUCUUAAAACAUCUUCUUAUUUUUUUGUUCAGCAGUUUAUGUGUGGCCUUAUGUAAAAUUUCGUUGAAAUAGUUUUAUUGUUUAUAUCAAUAUGAAUAUAUAUAUAUAAAUUUAAACCAUACAACUCUCUGUGAUGCAAUGUGAUCUUUAAUUGGUUGUGAUGUAUAUUGUCAUAUUUUAUAAAUGUUUCACUCGUCUGUAGAGCUGCGAUCUCGAGUCCAGGUAUAUUUGUAAUGUUCAGCCAUUUAGAAUAGGUCAGUGACAGUAAGUUCAGUUUCUUCUCUUGACACACCAUCGGUCAGUUAAAAGUCGUGAAUGUAGGUUUCGUAAGGUCUCAUCACCACACAGUUCACGUUUGUUUUGUUUAACAACACCUCUGGAGCCACUGAAAUCCAUGUUAAAUAUUUCCCAACUUCUAAAUGAAAAUUGCUAAGAGAACGAGUUUUUGUUUGACACUAACAACGUAUACCAUGCUGCGAAUAUAUACUAUGUUCGCAUUUAUUUUCACUUCAAAAAUGAGAACAUUUACAUCUCAGUUUUUUUGCUAUUGGACCGCAUUUGGCUGUGGUAUCGGUCCGAACAAAUGGUGCAGAAACUGCAACAUUUACUGUUGUACACCCAUGUCCAUGUAACAUAGGCAAAAUCCAGGCAGAGGGAUUACCGUUGACAAAUACAAAUCCUUUUAAUGCUUCUACAGUGGCAAGAAGUGAUAAUGCGAACAACAACAUAUGCCACAAUUAGGAACUAUAGUGACCCCCUGAUGAAUAAACUCUUAUUAGAGAGUGAACUGUGUAGUGAGACCUCAAGCGUAUCAUUCACCAUUUCAUCGUUCCAACAGCAUGGUGCCUUUUAUGGGCGAAGUUUUACACCGUAACAGUUGGCGACAUAUAUGCUGAUAGAAAGAAAUAAUGCAACACUUAAUAUUGUAGGCAUACCAGUUUUGUAAUGUCUUUAUAAAAAAUGUGUGACUGGAUGUCAGUAAUAUGGGACUUAUUGCUUCAAAUCAGUACAUUAAGCGAUGAUGACGUAACACGGGGAUACGAGAUCGCGGCUCUUACAUCCAAUACAUGUACUUCAUAACAGAUGGCAUAAUACGUGAACAAUAAGAAACCAGUGCGUUUAGUGUAGGUUUAAAACGGUUUUUUUUAUUUAUUUUUUAUAGUUUUUUUUUUAAUUACAUAGGCAUUGAUCAAGAAAGUUAUCGACGCAAAUGACAGAAAGAAAGAAAUUCUGCAAAAACCUACAUGUACAUUGUAUAGAAUGUUUUUACAAUGUAAAAAAUUACAUACAUACAUACAUACAUACAUAUGUUGUAAUACAAGAUGAUGGAUUAUUAUUCCCUAGGGAAUUUGAAACGUUUGAUGGCUGAUGACAUUCCAUAUUUUGAACUUGUGCAUCUCUUUGGUGAAACUCUUGCAGAGUUAUUAUUUUGUCAUCGUUUUAGAUGAAGUGGCGGACCUGAUAACUGUAGUGGCAGUACUCAUGACGGGUUUCACCUGUCGGGCAGGAUAUGCUUAACUUUCGCGAACACCUGAUAUGACAGUUAUUCAUGAAUGCAUAUCAUCACAACUGUACUUAUUUCAAUGAGCUCUGUCCGAUGCUAGUUUUGAUUUAAUAAACUAGUCUGAGCGUGGCAGUCCUCUAUAGUGGUGCAAGAGCGAUGAAAUCGCCAAUAAAGGAUCUCCUCGGAAGUAACUGUUCUCCAGUAGACGAGACACUAAAGAGAUUCAUGGAAUCAACUACUAUUUUGCCAAAUGCCCACUCGACUCUGCAUUGUGCAGAGAUACGGCCCUGAUCACGUAUUACGGUUUUGUCGUUCAGUUUAAUUGGCAUUAUACUGAGAUAUCCAGGGUCGUCACCGACGGGUGACACGAUGAGUAGGUACCCACUUCUCUACAGAAUAAAUACGUAAAAUGUCCCUUUAUUCUGGCUGGAGAAGAUUGUACUCUGCCACGGAUCAUUUUUAUAUUGCCACCCUGCCAAUAUUAGAUUAGGUGUGGCCGGGAAAUCCUAUCAUAAAACCAUUGAAUUAUAAUUUACAUUCCACAGGUUACUGUCGCUACAGAGGCUGCACGACGUUUAGUGCUGUCUUUGGUGUACAGGUUUGCAUAUUUUUCAUUUCCCCUCUGUAGAGAGACGCAGAUUGCAUAACAGUCGCAUUUUCUGAAAUCUCGCCUUACCCGAGGUAUUUCGAAAUUAAGGACUGCUUCGAAUAUUUUUAUAUGUGCUGAUGUAUUUCAUAAUGAAAUGUUUGCAUACACACACAUACUCGCACAUGUAAGCACGCACACACGCACGCACACACACACGCACGCACACGGACACGAAUAAUAAAACAACCCCCUCAACCCAACAACAAAAACUAAAAUAAAAACAAGAACAAAAAAACCCCAAAACAAUCACAAACCCAAACCUUUCCUCUCCUUUACUUCACAGAUGCAACCGAAACAAGUUUUCAACACAUUUAUAAAAUUUAAAUAAUGACAGGUUUUAUUAAUCAACAACUCAUAAUAUAAAAUACAAUACUUGGUCAUUCCAUGAAUAAAUGAAUUCCAGAGACCAAGCAAAGCUGUGUUAAACGCACACAUCUGUUUUAGAGACCAAUCAAAGCUGUGUUAAACGCAUACAUCUGUUUUAGAGACCAAUCAAAGCUGUGUUAAACGCACACAUCUGUUUUAGAGACCAAUCAAAGCUGUGUUAAACGCACACAUCUGUUUUAGAGACCAAUCAAAGCUGUGUUAAACGCACACAUGUCUUAAGCGUCCAGGGGCCCCGUUCCACAAAGCGAUCUUGGCCCUAAUAUCACCGUAACUGCACAGCUAAUAUAUGCACUUAAGGUGAUCUUUGCGCUAAGAUCGCUUUGUGGAACGAGGCCCAGGCCUUGUAGCAAUGAUGGUGUCGGCGACAGCGAACCUCUUGUCUGGUGAGGGUAUUAACGAUUCCUUACCCUCUCGAAUUUGAGAACAAAGACUGUCGAGGCAUCUCCCCAAUCCCCUUCCCGACCGUCUUAGAAGGAGAUCUUGUCGAUCAUCCCUACGCACACACUAAUGUUGUUUUCAAUGAAAUAUUGAAUGAUACGAACGAUUUUGCCUGUCCCAUUUAGUGUCCCACUUAGACCAGGCAUCAGCCGUAAAACCUACCCACUGGAGCGACUCGUUGGUCAUUGUACAUUCGACUCUUUACUCGUUAGGCCAUUUUAUCAUCAUCUAUUUGUACCAUUAUUAUUCAUUCGUGCCCUCUGCAUUUUCAAUCACUAGUUGUGUAUAUAUGUUUGUUAAUUAUGAGUUACACGUGUGGGUUAUUUUACUUGUUGUAAGAGUGAUACGGAGUUUGUUCUCUUCAUUUUCCCAAAUAAACCGUCCUACUCA